AAAGAAAAUAAAAAAUAAAGAGAUAUUUGAAACCUCCUAUAAAAAGGGAGUAGAGACGAAAGAAAAAAGAAAGAAAGAAAAGGCGUGAAGUUGAAGUUGAAGUUGAAGUUGAAGUUGAAGCCCCACCACAGCUCCAUACCCAAACCCUCAAAACUUAACCCUCUGUUUCUAUUUUCUGCCGCCGGGAUUCCUAAAACUCAUCAUUUCAAUGGCUAACAACGCUCUUCUUGAAGCCCUUAAUGUCCGUGUCCUCGGCACCGGCGACCGCUGCCUGGUCUUAGCCCAUGGCUUCGGCACCGACCAGUCCGCUUGGCAACUCGUUUACCCUUCUUUCACUCCUUACUACCGUGUCAUCCUCUACGACCUUGUCUGUGCCGGCAGUGUCAACCCUGACUUCUUCGAUUUCUCCCGUUACACCACUCUCGACGCCUUCGUCGACGACCUCAUCUCCAUUCUCGACUCCCUCCAUGUCCACCGCUGCGCCUUCGUCGGCCACUCAGUCUCCGCUAUGGUCGGCAUCCUCGCCUCCAUCCGCCGCCCCGAACUCUUCUCUAAACUCAUCUUGAUCGGCGCCUCCCCAAGGUUCCUCAACGAUGGCGACUACCACGGUGGGUUCGAACAGAGCGAGAUUGACAGAGUCUUCGCUGCAAUGAGGGCUAAUUACCAAGCUUGGGUGAACGGCUUUGCUCCUCUCGCCGUCGGUGCUGAUGUUCCCGCUGCCGUACAGGAAUUCAGCCGGACUCUCUUCAAUAUGAGACCCGACAUUUCCCUCUUCGUCUCUAAGGUUAUCUUCAGCAGCGAUCUCCGGGGAGUCCUCGGUCUCGUCAAAGUACCCUGUUGCAUAAUUCAAACCGCCCAAGACGUCUCUGUUCCGACCUCCGUCGCUAUCUACCUCCGAGACCACCUCGGCGGCCGGAACACGGUGGAGAUGCUCGACACCGAAGGCCACCUACCCCAUCUCAGUGCCCCUCAGCUACUCGUUCGGAAACUCCGCCGUGCUCUUUCUCGGUGACUGGACCCUCCGCCAUUACAAGGAUUUAAUUUUAUAAACGAAAUUAAUUUUUCUUUUCUUUUCCUUUUUUUUGUUUUUUUUGGGGGUGCGGGGAGGGGUUCGGUGUGGUGGUCGUAUUAGAGAUACCCUUCUGCCAAGUUUGAUGGACAUUGAAAUGGAAGAAAUCAAGUGGUCUAUAAUGAGACACGUGGCCAAAUAAAUAUGUGGAAGUUGAUUACUCUUCCCAUAUGUAUGUAAAAGGAUAAGAAUUCUCCACGUGAACACCACGUGAUCAUUAUCAUAUCUGUUCCAUCCUCCCAUC